AUGGCCAACGACCUGUCGUCGUCGUCGCAGUCGCUCUACGCCUCAACCUCGUCGCUGCCGAACUCGAAGCAAUGCUCUCAAACAUACAAAUCCGCCUCGCAAUUAUUCCUCACGCGCCGUCUGCAAGAGUCGCUGACUACUCUCACCCCAAUCAUCACCACAACUCCUUCUGCUACUACCGCCGAGGACCUGCCCACGACCAAUGGCAGUGGCGACAGUGCAUUCGCUCCGAUCGCCUUUGCUUCGAGCAACGUCAGAAUAAAAGUGUGGAAUCUGUACAUUACACUGCUGAGCAAUAUUGUCGACUUGGGUCCCGAAGACGGCAAGAUCGAGUUUGGCCAGAAGGAGUGGAAGGCCCUGGUGGCCAAGGUCCGAGACGGCACAGUCUGGGAGGAGAUUGUGCAAGCCGGUUACCAGGGCAGGGAGGGCUCGGUUGAUGCAGACGUUGUCUCUAACCUGGGAACGUUACUAUUGACGCACUCGGCCUCGCAAGCGCUUAACCAACAACGACUAGAAACAUAUCUCUCCGCCUACGGCCAGCCCAACCUCGACGUCGCCGCACAUUUGGCAAACAACUCGGAAUCCGAUGUACGGCGACUGAGCCGCAAUGGCGGCACAGAUACUCCAAAGGACCUCAGCGCCCGUGUCAAAAUCAUCGAGUUAUUCACCCUGCACGUUCUCCCGCGAAACGAAGAGUGGGAAUAUGCUACAGAAUUCAUUCAACUGAGCGAAGUGCUCGACGAAGAACGAAAGGAAUCGUUCCUGCAAACCCUCACCGACCUCAAAGAAGAAAAGGAGCGAGGCAUCCAACGCGCCGCUGAACUGCAGCGCGAAAAGGAGGCAGAGAUAGAGCGGCAAAUACAGGAGGAAGAGAAACGCAAAAAGGCCGAGGCUGUCGAGCAGCGGCCACAGAAAAAUGGAACGGGCCACAAGCGGACAAGCACAGAAACAGAUUAUGGGAUUGAGAAAAACCGGCCGAAUGGCGUGGCCAAGGGGCGGUCAACCAAGACUGAGAAAUCCUCUACCAGUAAACCAUCAUCAUCGUCGUCAGCAUCAGGACGCACAUCAUUUCCACCGUCGUCGUCGUCAUCAUCAAAGAACGUCAAGAAGACAGAAAAAGCCGCAGCGCCCGUUUCACGGCGGCUGCAUGGUGUGUACAACCUGCUUCGAAAUAUCCUGCAGAACGUCAAACACUCGGUCGUCGGCAACCCCAUGGCGUUUUUGCGGACAAUUCUAUUCACACUUGGAAUACUCAUGGCUCUGAGUCGACAAGACAUGCGUGAGCGAAUCCGACGGUUGACCGACUCGGGCUGGCAAAAAAUACGGGGGACCGUUGGCAUGGGCAUGAAGCCUUGUCGGUCAAUUAUGGGCGCGGAGAAGACUUUGGAGCAGGAUGCAAAUUUGACUUUGACCAACAACAACAACAAUGACAUUAAUCAGAUCAAUGAGGCUAAUAAUACGCCAGAAGAGCAAGCAGAAUCAAAAGAAAGCACCCUCAAGAAAAUCGCCCUCUUCAUCCUGAGUCAAUGGCUCCUCAUCGGCAUGGGCGUUGCCUGCGUGCUGGCAUAUUUUUUCCCCAACGUCGCCAAACACGGCGGCGUCAUCCGGUCUGAAUAUUCCGUGCUAUACGGAGCCGUGGCGCUUGUUUUCUUCAUUUCGGGCCUGAGCAUCCCGCGCCAGAAGCUCUACACGCACAUGUUCAACUGGCGUCUGCAUGUGCUGGUGCAAGUAACCUCGUUUCUCUUCGUGCCGGCCGUCGUGGUCGCCCUGGUGCAUCUCAUCGUAGCCACCGAUCCAGCAGCGCAUAUCGACCGAGCCGUGUUGGCGGGUUAUAUACUUACCGCAUGUAUCCCGACAACCAUUGCCUCGAACGUGGUGAUGACGCGCGCAGCUGGCGGCGACGACGCAGCCGCGCUGGUCGAAGUGCUCAUUGCGAAUUUCCUGGGUCCGUUUAUGACGGCCGGAUGGACGGUGUCCCUGAUCCCCAAGACACCUGAAUUCGCGCCGUGGCGAGACGGCGGCAGCAGUAAUAUGAGCGGCAUGUACAAGGACGUCUUCAAGCAGCUCGGCCUAAGUGCACUGCUACCUCUGAUUAUCGGGCAGUUGGUGCGGUGGACAUGGGAGAGACAGAUAACCGCGCUGCUCCAACGAUUCUACGUCGCAAAACUCAGCACGGCGUGCAUGUUGCUCCUCAUCUGGACCACUUUUUCAUCAGCGUUUGCUACGGGGGCGCUCCAGCAGCUGUCCACGCAGAGUAUCGUCUUUACUGUGCUUUUCAAUGUGGCUUUGUACUUGUUUUUGACAGUCGUAUGCUUUUACGCCGCACAGCCGCCUGCCUUUAUUCGCAAGGGGACCUGGGGCAAACGUAUUUUCCGUCCUGCGCCGCCCGAAGAGACAAUUGCCAUCUGUUUUUGCGGGCCGGCAAAGACGACGGCGCUGGGAAUUCCGUUGCUAUACGCCAUGUAUACAUCGAUGGACCUCUUUACCAAGGCCAAGACGUCGAUUCCGGUGUUGUUGUAUACGACGGAGCAGAUCUGCGUGGCGCAUUUUAUGGUGUAUGUUUUGCGGCGGUGGAAAAGACGGCUGGAGGGGAAGGGGAUUCAGGAUGAGGAGAAUGCAGUUACGGGAUAG